AGCUCAUAUGCGACCAAGAGACGGACUCUGCUCCAUCCAUCCUGAAGCUACAACAGCUGCUUCCUCCUACAACCCCCAAUGGAUUUCAGUCAGAGAAGCUCCCACCGAAGCCUGAGUUCCUCCUCCCAGGGCCCUGCGCUCAGCAUGAGCAGCUCCAUAUAUAGGAGGGGGGUCGCACCCAGCGUGUAUGGAGGGGCUGGAGGCCACGGCACCCGCAUCUCGACGUCUAGACACUUGGCAAACUAUGGGAGCGACCCUGCUGGAGGAAACCUGCUUGCUGGCAAUGAAAAGAUGACCAUGCAGAACCUAAAUGACCGCCUAGCAAGCUACCUGGAAAGAGUGCGGUCACUGGAGCAGUCCAACUCCCACCUUGAACAGCAGAUCAAGCACUGGUAUGAGACCAAUACACCUAGCACAGGUCGGGACCACAGUGCAUAUAUGGGACAAAUCAAAGCGCUGCGAGACCAGAUUAAAGAUGCUCAACUGCAGAAUGCUCGAUGUGUCCUGCAAAUCGAUAAUGCUAAACUGGCUAUGGAGGACUUCAGGCUGAAGUAUGAAGCUGAGCGGGGGAUUUGCCAAACAGUAGUGGCUGAUCUUCAUGGCCUGAAAAGGGUCUUUGAUGAGUUAACUCUAACGAAGGCAGACUUGGAGAUUCAAAUUGAAGAGCUGACUAAAGACCUGCAUCUCCUCCAAAAAGAACAUGAGGAGGAAGUGAGGAGCCUACGCGCUCAUCUGGGCAAUAAUGUAAAUGUAGAGGUGGAUGCUGCUCCGAGCCUGAACCUUGGUGCCAUCAUGAAUGAAAUGAGGCAGAAAUAUGAUGCCAUGGCCCAGGAGAACCUUCAGAAAGCCAAAGAACAGUUUGAGAUACAGAUUAAUGAUCUGCAACAGCAAGUCACAGUGAGCACUGAAGAGUUAAAAGGAACCAAGGAUCAAAUAAAAGAGCAGAGACACACCUACCAGGUCCUGGAACUAGAGCUCCAGUCCCUUCUCAACAUGAAAGAAGCUUUGGAGCGUACACUAGAGGAGACCAAUGCUCGUUAUAGUAGCCACUUGGCCAAAAUCCAGGCACAGCUAAACUUCCUUGAGGGCCAACUGGUGCAGGUUCGGACCGACACAGAACGCCAGAUCCAUGAAUAUAAUAUCCUCCUUGACAUAAAGAUCCGGCUUGAGCAGGAAAUUGCUACCUACCGUCAUCUUCUGGAAGGAGAAGAUGUCAAAGAAUAUCAGUUGAGCACUCUGGAUGAGAAAGAUAUAAAGAAAACCAGGAAGAUUAAGACAGUCGUGCAAGAAGUAGUGGAUGGCAAGGUUGUGUCAUCUGAAGUCAAAGAAAUGGAAGAAAAUAUAUGAAGGGCUGGCAGAAAGUGAUGCUGCUGAGGUUUUGAAAGACAUGUAGCUAUAACUUUCACUCCCUUCAAGAAAGUGGCAUCAGAAAGCACUAUUAAUGUUUCUUGGUGAUUAGAGGGGGGAGAGGGGAGUCCAUUUACCAGUCUGUGUAAUUGAAUAUAUAUGUUUUACUCAGAGAAGCUGCAAAUUGCCUGCAAAAAUGAAAUCCAAUGAUCACUGGGAUAUUUAAAAUAUCAUUACUGCCACC